AUGAAGUUUGUUGCUACAUAUUUGCUCGCCGUCUUGGGAGGCAACACUAGCCCCUCAGCCGAGGACUUGAAGGAAAUCCUCGCAUCCAUUGGAGCUGAUGCUAAUGAUGAUAAGAUUGAGCUGUUGCUGUCUCAAGUUAAAGGAAAGGACCCUAGAGAGUUGAUUGCUGCUGGUAGGGAGAAAUUGGCUUCAGUGCCUUCUGGUGGUGGUGUUGUUGUUGCUGCCGCCGCUGCUGCCCCUGCUGCUGGAGGUGUUGUUGCAGCUCCUGCUGCUGAGGCCAAAAAGGAAGAGAAGGUCGAGGAGAAAGAGGAGUUUGAUGAGGAUAUGGGUUUCAGCCUCUUUGACUAAAUGAUUACUAGUUUCAUUUGUAUCAAGGCUUCCUUUUAUCUUCAAGCUAGUAUUCUAGUUAAACAUUAAAAGUUUUUUGGUCUGUAGUUGGAUAUGAUAUUAGAAGUUGUUUGCAUUCUGGAAUUUUGAGUUAGAUAA